CCGUGAUAUUAUUUUGUUCAAUACAAUCACCAUGAAGCUGACAUUGGUGUUUGCUGUAACAAUCGCCUGUGCCCUUGGGGCAAGACUGACUAACCCCAUUCCACUAAUCGACGGUAGAAUAGUCGGAGGUUGGGAUGUGGAAAUUGAUGAGUACCCUUACCAGGCCUCCCUCCAGUACUACGGAAGCCACAUCUGUGGAGCCAGCAUAAUCGCCGACAGAUGGAUCGUGACAGCCGCCCACUGCACUGAUGGAUUCUCCGCUUCCUUGCUCUCAAUCCGGGUGGGAUCGUCCCGCCGCGGAUCCGGCGGCCAAGUCAUCAACGUGGCCAAGAUCCACCAAAACCCCAACUACAACCCCAACACCAUCGACUACGACAUUUCCAUUUUGGAACUGGCCUCAGACAUCACCAACCCAAUCGCCAAACCCGUGUCCCUCCCCGACUCCAGCGCCGACGUCCCCACCGGCGUCACGGCAGUGGUGACCGGAUGGGGCACCACCUCGGAAGGAGGCAGCCUACCCACCCAACUCCAGGCCGUGCAGGUGCCGAUCGUCUCGCCGGCCACGUGCAGAGCAGCCUACGGAACCUCGUCCAUCACCGACAGGAUGAUCUGCGCCGGUUUCACUCAGGGUGGCAAGGACGCUUGCCAGGGUGACUCUGGCGGUCCGUUGGUUGUUAACGGUUACUUGGUUGGUGUCGUGUCUUGGGGUUACGGAUGCGCCCGUCCAAACUAUCCGGGAGUUUACUCCAGCGUACCAAACCUGAGGAGCUUCAUUACACAAAUCACCGGAUUUUAAUAUGUUUUUUUUUUAUGUUUAUAUGUUAAUAAAAUUUUAUAUAGUUAAGUUAAAUCUUGACUAAGUAAGUUUGUAUUUCUUUAUUUUAAUUUAAUAAUCUAACUUUGUAUGAUAAUUUAAAAUAAAUAUAAAUAA